AUGCUCAUUGUCUUUUGUAUGCUUCUAGUGCCUUCUGUCCAGGUCAAGCAUCAGGGAUCCAAUCAGAGUCCACGGUUAUCAGGUGUAUCAAAACUCGAUGAGCAGUUACUCACUUGUUAUUGUAUAUUUGUAGUAUCCAUUCCGUCCAGGUCAAGCUUCAAGGUUCAGGUCGAGGUCCACGGCUUUCAGGUCAAGCUUCAAGGUUCAGGUCAAGGUCCACGGUUUUCAGAUCGAGGUCCACGGUUUCAGUAUCCAAUCCAUCCAGGAAAAGCAUCAAUGUUCCGAUCUCCCAGCUAUGGUCAUAGCUUUUAUCUAUUACUAGUGUCAGCCAUCCAGGUCAAGUGUGAAGGACCCGAUUUCCCAGCAAUGGGUAUAGCCAUCGAUGUUAGGCGUCAAGGUUCUGAUCUUCCAGCCAUGGUUCUAGUCAUUCAGGUCAAUCAACAAGAUUCUGAUCUCCUGGCCAUGGUUAUAGCCAUCUAUGUCAAGCGUCCAGGUUCCGAUCUCCCAACCAUGUUUACAGCCAUCCGUGUCAAGCGUCAAGGACCCAAUCGCCCAUCCAUGGUUAUAGCCAUCCAUGUCAAGCAUCAAGAACCCGAUCCCCUGUCCAUGGUUAUAGUCAUCAAUGUGAAGCAGCAAGGACCCGAUCAACUGUCAAUGGUUAUAGUCUCCAGUUAUCCAAGACAAGCAUCACGGUUUCGAUCUCCCAGCUAUGGUUAUAGUACUAGUGUUCAGUCAUCUAGGUCAAGUGGCAAGGACCCAAUCGCCUGGCCAUGGGUAGAGUGUUCAGCCAUCGAUAUCAGGCGUCAAGGUUGCGAUCUUCCAGCCAAGUGUUCAGUCAUCCAGGUCAAUCAACAGAAUUCUGAUCUCCCGUCAAUGUGUUCCGCCAAUCAUGUCAAGUGUCCAGGUUCCCAUCUCCCUGCCAUGGUUAUAGAUUGUUCAGUCAUCCAGAUCAAGCAUCUAGGUUCUGAUUGCCAAUCCAUGGUUAUAGUCUCUAGCCAUCCAGGACAAGCAUCAAGGUUCCAAUCUCCCAGCUAUGGCUAUAGUGUUCAGUCAUCCAGAUCAAGCAUCCAGGUUCUGAUCGCCAAUCCAUGGUUAAAGUCUCCAGCCAUCCAGGUCAAGCAUCAAGGUUCUACUCGCCCGUCCAUGGUGUGUUCAGCCAUCCAGGUCAAGCAUCAAGGUUCCGAUCGCCCAUCAAAGAUUAUAUGUUCAGUUAUCCAGGUCAAGCAUCAAGGACCCUAUCGCCUGCCCAUGUCUCCAGCCAUCCAGGUCAAGCAUCAAGAUUCUGAUCGCCCGUGCAUGGUGAUAGCCAUCCAGGUCAAGCAUCAUGGUUCCGAUCGCCCGUCAAUGGUUAUAGUCAUUCAUGUCAAGCAUCAAGGUUCCGAUCACCCGUCCAUGCCUCCAGCAAUUCAGGUCAAGCAUGAAGGACCCGAUCUCCCCUCCAUGGUUAUAGUCGUCCAAGUCAAGGUUCAAGGUUUCGACUGCCCAUCCAUGUGUUCAGUCAUUCAUGUCAAGCAUCAAGGUUCCGAUCACCCAUCCAUGGUUAUAGCCAUUCAGAUCAAGUGUCAAGGACCUGAUCACCCCUCCAUGGUCAUAAGUAUAAAACAACAUUAUGGGCAUAUACUCACUAGCUGCAAUAUACUUCUUGUGUUCAGUCAUCCAGGUCAAGCAUCAAGGUUCUGGUCUCCCCGCCAUGAUUUAAUAUAUCUCCAGUCUCCAGCUAUCCAGGUCAAGCAUCAAGAUUCCGAUCUACCCGCCAUGGGUAUAGUGUUGAAUCCACCAAGAUCAUGCUUCAUGGAUCCAGAUUCAGUCCGUGGCUAUAGGCCAAACAGCAAGGAUCAAAACUCAAAUUUGGGCUACAGUUCAAAUAUCAAAGAUCUGAUUUCAAAUCAAGGUUACGGGUACACACUUUUCUCUCUGUCUUUACAUGCUUUCUUUCGUAUUGGCCUAGUGUGUUUACGAUCUGGCUACACAAUGAAAAAAUUGUUUUCCUUCCAGUGCGACAGGUAUAUACAUCUAGUUCGGCCUUUAGUUACUGUUGGCUUUAUUUCUCUACUGGCUUCACAGUCCAAGCCAGCCAUCAUGGAUCCUAUAUCCGUCCAGUGUUACAGUGUCCUUGCAGUCAAGGUGCCUUUACUGUCUAUGCCAAUGAUUCCGAAUCCGAGCCCUAUCCAGAGUGACAGGGCAACCAUCAAGGAUUCGAUCUCCAUCCAGUAUGACAGCCAAGGCCAAUCGAUCCAGGUUUACUGUCCUCUAGGUCAAACUGAAUUACCAAAGUUUUACUAUCUACCUAGUGCCCGAGCCGAAGCCAACGAUCAAAGCUUUGAUAUUCUUUUGGGCUCACAGCAAGCGUUCAAUGCUCAGCUCUACAUCAAAGGUCGCAGGUAUACAAGAAUCUUUAAGCAAUUUACUAAAAAAUUAGAUUUUCCUAGCGUUUACAUAGUCAAGGCGAAAUGAUCAUGUUCUUUCUAUCCAUUCAAGGUUCUAGGUACACACGCACAUUUUAGCAUUUAUUCUUCACUGGUUGAAUCUUUUUAAUCUUUGACAGUCCAUGCCGAGAAUCAAGGUCGCACUUCAAAAAAUAGGGUUAAGGUAUACAUGCCUUUUUAAGCAUUUACUUACUACUAGUUGCUUUAUUCAGACUUUAUACAGUCGAGACCAAAGAUCAAGAGCCCGAUUUCCGCAUAGAUUUACAGGGAUACAAGUGGCUUUCUUUACCCAUUAACAUAUUGAUAGCUGUUUGAAGCAGUCUUUUUACAGUUCAAUUCAACAGUCAAGGUUCAAAUCCCCGUCAAAAAUCACUGAUAUACUGCCACUUUU